AUGUUCCCUAACUUCUCUGAUAUUGGACCUCAAAUAGAAGCUGGCAAGGAUUACACAAAUGUCAUAGUCAAAGUCAAGAAUUACAAAAGUGAAGACCUAAGCGUGAAAAUUAAAGGCAAGUACAUAUAUCUACAAGGAAACAAGAAAACUGUGGAUGAUGAUCGUGAUAUUGCAAGUGAAUUUUUAUACACAGCUACUUUGCCAACCAAUGUGAAUACCAACGAUGUAUCUGCGAAGUUAUAUAGUGACGCUUAUUUAGUUGUAACUACACCCAAUGAGGGUAAGAAGGAAGGAGUUUAUGAAGACAGAGUAGUUCCUAUAGUUGUAGUUGAUGAACCAUUCGUGAAACCAGUUGAGAGCGCAACUGUGACUCCUGCUGCUCCUGAAAAAGUUCCAGAGGUGACCACUGUCCCACCUACUCAACCUGAUGUUCCUGAGGCGACUACACAAGCAGAAACAACUGAAGAACAGAACAAUACAACAACAACAGAAUCAGAACAACCUACCACUAGUAUUGCAGAAGCUACUACCACUGUACCCGAAGAAGAAGAAAAACAAACAACAAAAGUUGAAGAGGUUGAAGCCACGACCCCUUACAUUGAAGUCGUCACACUCAACACAACUCCUUACGAAACAAAUGAAGUCAGUGAUUUGGAACCGAUUAGUGUAACGUAUUAA